CUGCUGAUGAUGAUAGUAUUGUAAUGCCACUGUCGCAGACAGAACACAUUUGUUAGUUAUAUACGUGUUUAUAUAAGUAUUUGGCUACCUAGGUAUGCGUGCAUGUUGUUUGGGAUGGUUGGCUGUCCAGGUUGUUAUUGUUAUUGCCUGGUGAUGGCAAGAAGACUCUUUCGGUUUAUAAACAAGGUGGUUCGAGCCAUACAUUAAAUCCUUGGUCUAUCAGACCGCUCAUUACCGGUAUACCGAAUUAGUUUCACUGUUCAAAUUGCGUUGGUAACCAGUUCAUAGUAGCAAUAAAGGCAGAUCGGUUGUUGGUGGUCAAUACUGUUCAUUUACGAAAGGUAUUAGCUGUAUCCAGGCGAACAUUUAGCGUUGUAGAUAAGACUUAGUAUUUUGGCUACAUACCACAACCCUAUUGACUUAUUGAUUACGUAAAUAGUUAAUAAUUAGUUGAUUCCAAAGACCCGGUUGGAGUUGUAACAGCAUAACAAUCCAGAUCAUCAGGUGGGAUCAGUCAGUGAAGUUCAAUCCUUUCACCGGAAAUGAUGUAGCGCAUACUUGCUAGUUAACGACAAUGAAUUUUGAUGCCAAUAAUUGAAAAUGGAUAAAGAUUUACUGAGGCAGACUUUGUCUUACCAUGGCCAAAGCCUGUUUGCCCAUCUCAAAUGUGAACAAAGUGAAAAUCCAGAUUUUAAAGCUAUCGAACCUGAUUUAUCCAAGGCCAGCUAUCAAAGGAAUGAUGGAGGAGAGGACAAGGCUUUAGUGGAGCAGUUCAUUGCAAGAAAAGCAGACAUCCUGUUUGCCCAGUCAUGGAAGUCCAAUGCACCUGUUGAAUAUGUAUUGGAGGAUGAAGCAGAAGAGCCCUACGCCAUCAUGCCCCCUCUGGAGCAGUUCAUGGAGGUGUCAUUUGAGGAACGAAGGAAUCUGUUGUACAGGGAUAUGGAGCGAGGGGACAUUGUUAUAGGGAGGAUCAACUCCAUCAGGGACUUUGGCUUCUUCGUAACACUAAUUUGCAUGGGUGGUGGACUGGAGAGAGACAUAGAGGAUUUGGAACUAACGGCCCUGUGUCCGCUAAGAGAUGUACCUUCCAAUGGCAAUCAUGAUGAUCCUCUAUCGUACUAUCAGAUGAAUGAUUUGAUAAGAGCUGGAGUGAAAGACAUUGACCGAUACCAUGAGAAGAUAACAAUUUCACUUCAGCCCUCUUCCCUCGCCACAAACUUGGUGAGCCAAAAGCUUGGAGUUCUUAGUAAAGAUGAUCUUCCACUUCACUACAGUCGCAGUUUGAGAGUUGCCAACGAUAACACUGAAACCUAUGAGAGAGUUCUAGAGGGUACUCUUGGUUACUCUAACCCAUUGAACGUGGAAUAUCUCUUAGGGAAGAUUGGGAUCAGUGACACACAGCCUCCUUCACUCAUGAGAGGGCUACAGAGUAAACACUUCCUUGAGGAGGACUUUGCCACAACUAUCCGAAAGAAGCAGUCUGCAUCCUGGGCGCUUAAAUGUGUGAGGAUUGGUGUGGAUCACUUCAAAUCUGGUCGCUAUGUUGAAGCAAUGAAUGAGUACAACAAGGCCUUAGAGAUCGAUACAAACAACGUUGAAGCCCUGGUGGCCCGCGGUGCUCUGUAUGCUAACAAAGGGAGUUUGCUGAAGGCAAUAACAGACUUUGAGCUGGCAUUGGAAAGCUGCCCGACCCACAGAAAUGCUAAGAAAUACCUAUGCCAAACCCUGGUUGAGCGAGGUGGCCAACUCGAAGAGGAAGAAAAGCUGGUCACAGCUGAGGGCUUCUACAGAAAAGCCCUGGCUUUAGACGACUCCUUUCCAGAUGCAAAGGAAGCAUUGAGAAAAAUAGAAUUACUUAUCCAGAAAUCGCUCAAACUAAGAGAAGAGAUGGCUGCGAGGGAAGCAGAAAAGGCUAAGAAUGUGGAGACAAGUGCAGAAAAAUUGCGUAAGAUUUUAAAAGAAGAAAAAAGAAUGAAAAGGAAACGGAAGAGAUCAUCCUCCUCAUCGACAUCAUCGUCUUCCUCUUCUGACCGAUCUUCGUCGAGUCACAGAAAGUCUAAGAAGAAGAAGCGUAAACACAGACGUUCAUCACGAGGGGGGAAACGCCAGCAGAGGGUUUCGUCCAGGGGUAACUGGAGUGCAGCUGAUGAUGAGGAAGAGUGGUAUCCAGCCCCGCCAAACACAUCAGCCUCCUUCCUGGAUCCAAAAUCCAGCAGGUACAGGUCGUUUGAUGUGCCCAACAGGACUGAAGAACACAGUCAACACUACAGCAAGCACAGGAGCCAAACCCACUCACAACACUCUUUACCAUCAGUUUCCACCAACGCUCCAGACAACAGAGGUAGGUUUGAAGAUGACCCUUUUGACAUCUCCCCUCUGCGAGCCGAAUGCAGCAAGGGGAAAGGUAUCUGUGAUAAGACCGGUGACGGGGAGGUGAAUGGCCGAGAGAUGGAAGCCUCCAGGGGCCGGAAAAAGAGCCAGGAGUGUCACUUCGGCCCACAAGAAAUCCCCAGGUCAUCAGAGAAAGACAAAAACAGUAGAACGUCCUCUACCAGCUCCGAGCAUUCUAGCAAAUCUUCACGCAACGACCUCCCUUCACAGUCCCGCAUAUCCACUUAUAGACGAUCAGAUAGUGGGAGGUAUGGUAUCACAGAGCGAGAUAAAGAAGAGGAGAAUAGGGGCAUCCGAAGGUCUGAUGGAGGAGAUAACAGAUCUUCCCCUUACACUUCUCGGAACGGAAAAUCAUCUGCAGGAGGAAGUCAGAAAAAGGAGCUACCAUCUAAUCUUCUAGAUCUCUUCAGCCAGAUAGCCCAGUUUGAAAAGGAGAAAUGCAAGCCGCAAAAGUGAUUUCUUUGUUUGUUUUUUCGCAACGUUUUUACAUCUUGUAAAAAGGUUACUGAACAAAUUGAUUUAUGUUAUUGUAAUGUUGGACAAAGUGACUGUGCCCAUGGCUGUGAUCAUUUAGUAUUGGUAAUAUCAAACAUUUUUCUCUGAAAUGUUUACACUUAUUUUUGUGAUAAAUACUGCCUUAAUAUCAUCAGAUUGUAUUUCCUGUGACCGAACGAAAAUGUGCAUGAGAAUACAUGAAAGACCUAUUAACAUGUCUGCUACUGGCUUGCAGCUUGAAAAAUAAAGUUAAUUCUUUUUAAAUCAGUUUGACUUUCUGUCAGUUCAGUCAGUACAAUGUUAACAAGGUACAUCUCUUGAAAAAACAUGGUGUCAUUUCUUUCCCCUGUAUUUGCUGGUAAUAGAUUGGAAAGUCACAUUGAUAAGUGAAAUAUUAUGUUCCAUUAUACGCAUAUUUUUCAAUAAAUGUUCCGAAAGAG